UGCUUUUUUUGUCAUUUCAAAAGACAAAAGUGAAAGACAACUCUCUCACUCUCUCUCUCUCUCUCUCUCGUCCAUUAAAGCCCUAGAAAAUUCUUAUCCCAGUUUUUUCUCUGCUGCCAAACGCUCCUCUUUCUCUCUUUGCAAAUCUCUUCCGCUUUCUUCUCUUUAAAAUCCGUACUCCGACGGAUAAGCUUCUUCCUCCGAUUCUUCUUGGCUCCCAUCUGCGGCUUCCUUUUCGGUUUUCAGGCUUCAAAAUUUUCUUGAAUAAUAUUAUUUGAUCUGGAAGCUGCUGAUACUACAAUAGUUAUCCUUUUAUUCAAAAGGAUCUAACUCUUAGCCUCUUGGGGAGGAGACCUGUUUUUGUUUAAAAUUGAUCUUUUGUAAGUUCAACAUUCAGGAAGGAUCAAUUUUAGCUAUAAAGAUGACAGUGAGGACUCCCGGAACACCAUCUUCAAAAAUCGACAGGACACCAGUUUCAACCCCAGGGCCAAGAGCAAGAGAAGAGAAGAUUGUGGUUACAGUGAGGUUGAGGCCUCUAAGUAAAAGGGAACAAUUGGCCAAAGACCAAGUAGCAUGGGAAUGCAUAGAUGAUAACACAAUUGUUUACAAACCACCGUCUCAGGACCGUUUGACAACAACGCAAGCAUCCUCAUUUACAUUUGAUAAAGUCUUUGGUCCCAAUAGUGUAACGGAAACAGUAUACGAGGAUGGAGUGAAAAAUGUUGCUUUGUCUGCUUUGAUGGGCAUCAAUGCUACCAUAUUUGCUUAUGGACAAACUAGCAGUGGGAAGACAUAUACAAUGCGAGGGAUAACAGAGAAAGCUGUUAACGACAUCUACAAUCAUAUAAUGAAUACCACGGAGAGAGAUUUUACAAUUAAAAUUUCAGGACUUGAAAUAUAUAAUGAGAAUGUCAGAGAUCUCCUAAAUUCAGAAUCCGGUCGCAAUUUGAAGCUUUUGGAUGAUCCAGAGAAAGGUACUGUGGUUGAGAAAUUGGUAGAGGAAACAGCUAGUGAUGAUAAGCAUUUGAGACAGUUGAUCGGUAUUUGUGAAGCACAAAGACAAGUUGGAGAAACCGCUUUAAAUGAUAACAGCUCGCGGUCACACCAGAUAAUAAGGCUGACAAUAGAAAGUACUGUCCGUGAGAACUCGGACCGUGUGAGGUCUUUUGUUGCAAGCCUGAACUUUGUGGACCUAGCUGGAAGUGAAAGAGCUUCACAAACACAUGCUGAUGGUGCUAGGCUCAGAGAAGGUUGCCAUAUUAACCUUAGCUUGAUGACACUCACAACUGUAAUCAGAAAGCUCAGUGUGGGAAAAAGAAGCGGGCAUAUACCAUAUAGAGACUCAAAGCUCACUCGCAUACUGCAGCAUUCACUUGGUGGGAAUGCACGCACUGCUAUCAUAUGCACCUUGAGUCCAGCACUGUCCCAUGUUGAACAAUCUAGAAAUACUCUUUAUUUUGCCAGCCGUGCAAAGGAAGUAACAAAUAAUGCCCAUGUCAACAUGGUUGUCUCAGACAAGCAGCUAGUGAAACAUCUGCAAAAAGAAGUAGCCAGGCUGGAAGCAGAGCUGCGGACACCUGAACCAUCAAAAGAAAAAGAUAUGAAGAUUCAGCAGAUGGAAAUGGAAAUUGAAGAACUGAGACGCCAAAGAGAUCUUGCUCAAUCUCAAGUGGAUGAAUUACGCAGAAAACUAAGGGAAGAUGAGCAGGUUACAAACCCAUUUGAGUCACUCCAACCGUCUGUGAAGAAGUGUCUCUCUUUUACUGGUGCUUUAUCAACAAAACUUGAUGGCAAGGAGUUAGGCCGUGUAGAUAGAGCAAGAAAUACAAUUUUAAGGCAGUCAAUGAGGCAGUCAUCCGCUGCUCCUUUCACCCUUAUGCAUGAGAUUCGCAAACUUGAACACCUGCAGGAGCAGCUUGGAGAAGAAGCAAAUCGGGCCCUUGAAGUACUACAAAAAGAAGUUGCUUGUCAUAGACUAGGUAACCAAGAUGCUGCUGAAACAAUUGCUAAGCUACAAUUAGAAAUAAGGGAAAUGCGUGCUGUCCGGUCAGACCCAAAAGAAGUUGAAGUUGGAAGUGUAGUUCCUACCAACAAAAGUGUCAGUGCUAAUCUCAAGGAUGAGAUUACCAGACUUCAUUCUCAGGGCAGCACUAUUGCCGAUCUUGAGGAACAACUUGAAAAUGUUCAGAAAUCUAUUGACAAAUUGGUGAUGUCUCUUCCAAGCAAGUACCAACAGUCUAACACUGAUGCAUCUCCCAAGACCAAGAAGGAAUUGAAAAAGAAAAAGUUAAGUCCUUUGGCUUCAAGUAAUGUUGCUAAUCGGGCAAAUUUCAUCAGAUCCCCUUGCUCGCCUCUAUCAACUUCUCGGCAAGUUUUGGAUUCUGAGAUAGAAAACAGAGCUCCUGAGAAUGAUGAUAUUGUGUCAACUGACACUCUACCAGAGUCUGAGAAGGAGACUCCAACAAAGAAUGAAGAAUCAGGAGAUGUCUCAUCAAAGGAAUGCACUCCAGGGUAUCGACGUUCCAGUUCAGUAAACAUGAAGAAAAUGCAGAAGAUGUUCCAGAAUGCAGCAGAGGAGAAUGUAAGAAGUAUAAGAGCAUACGUCACAGAAUUGAAAGAAAGGGUGGCCAAACUCCAAUACCAAAAGCAGCUACUCGUUUGUCAGGUUCUGGAAUUGGAGGCAAAUGAAUCAGCAGGGUACAAUUUAGAGAAUGACGAGAACUCCUGUGAACCGGAGCUGCCUCAAGUCUCAUGGCAAAUAACUUUCAAGGAGCAAAGGCAGCAGAUUAUUGAGCUCUGGGACUUGUGUUAUGUGUCUAUCAUUCAUAGGACACAGUUUUAUUUGUUAUUCAAGGGUGACCCAGCUGAUCAAAUCUACAUGGAAGUGGAGCUUAGGCGGUUGACAUGGUUGCAGCAGCACCUGGCAGAACUUGGGAAUGCAAGCCCUGCUCAUGCGGGAGAUGAGCCUACAAUAUCUCUAUCGUCAAGCGUUAGAGCAUUGAAACGUGAAAAGGAGUUCCUUGCAAAGAGGUUAACCUCGCGUUUGACUGCAGAGGAAAGGGAUGCGUUGUACAUGAAAUGGGGUGUACCACUUGAAGGGAAGCAAAGGAAGAUGCAGUUUGUGAACAAACUUUGGGUAGACCCUCAUGAUCCAAAGCAUAUACAGGAAAGUGCUGAAGUAGUGGCAAAACUUGUUGGGUUCUGUGAAGGAGGUAACAUGUCUAAGGAGAUGUUUGAACUCAAUUUUGUUCUUCCAUCUGGUAGGAGACCAUGGAUUAUGGACUGGAACCAAAUAUCUAACCUUCUUCAUUUGUGAGAAUAAUUAUUCUUUUGUUGUAAGUAAUAUUUCAACAUUCUUAUCUCUCUUACAUGUAAAUGAAUUUUGGAGUUUUCCUCCGAAUUCUUCUUCUUUCUUCUUCGUGGUGUGACUUGAUUGAGCGCACAUGACUUAAUAAAAUUAUUUAUUCAUUGUUAAUGUUACAAAA